UGAGCACAAUGUAGUCACAAUGCGCGUAGUACCAGGGGUAUUUUAUAAACAUCGUUAUAUCGUUAGCCUAGCUAUCUGGUAAGGCUCCUUGUUGGAAAUAGGCAAGGUGCUGCAACUGUUUCGCCAAGUUCGUCCACCGUACUACGAUUACCGCAGCGAAUGAUGCAAUCGUCUCACAAGGCUGAUUCAAUUCAACCCGAUCUUUACCAGCAUGGUUAACAUCGAGCAUAAUCGUUUCAAUUGAAUAUUCUUUUGUUUGAGUAAAUUUAUUCCUAUAAUUACGAACAUUUUGACGACAAUGCUCUGGUUGCGAAAUUUCAAGAAUUUCGAACAGCCCCACAGGAAUUAUGUUAAUUGUUUAUUUUCUUUGUUGCCUUCGUACAUGUUAUUUUAUUAAGCACUCGUGCAGUCUAGACGUUGUGGUUGUUGUUAGACCGGUGCAACAGCUAGAAGUUCGAACCAGGUCAAACAAUUUACGAUUCGAAUCAUGCUGUUAUUACAAAAAAUAUCAUGGUUUUUUACUGGAGAACGUUCUCAAGAUAGUAGAUGGUCAUGGUUUGUAUGUAUUUCUGCAGCAGUUAUCAAUGGUGCGAAUCUUGGUUUUGUGCUAAGCUUUGGGGUCCUUUUCCCAGAGCUGAUGGAAUACUUUGGAGAGACGGGGGAAAGAACAGCUUUAGUCGGCUCAAUUGCAGUGGGAAUGGUUUGGCUUGCAAGUCCGCUGGUCGGUUAUUUCUGUGAUCGCUUUGGUUGUCGGGUCACGUGUUUCGUAGGAGGCACGUUAUGCAUGGCUGGCCUUGUGUCGACGUCAUUUGUUCCAAACCUCACUUGGAUGUACUGUACGUAUAGCGCAGUGUAUGGUUUGGGAACAUGCUUCAUCUACAAUCCUUGCUUUCUUAUAAUUGCCAAGUACUUCAUGGAGAAGCUAUCCAUUGCAACUGGGAUUGUUUCGCUGGGUUCGAGUCUGGGUUACCUGUGCACUGGACCUUUGCUACAAGCACUAUUGGACGCAUAUGGAUGGAGGGACACUUUCAGAAUAAUGGUGGCGACAUACGCUCUUGUUUGCAUCUUGAGUUUGACAUUUAACCCCAACGUACAAGGCAUAACAGUAGUAGAAACAUUUACCCCUGAAAAGGAUAACAAUCGAGCUCAAACAGUAAAGAGGAACGCACUCUUUUUUUAUUGCAGCGUGUGGGUCUUUCCUGCUUACACUGUGUUCGUUGUUUCACUCGUACUUGCCAGUUUUUCGAUGUAUAUUCCCUUCAUCAAUCUGGUCAAGUUUAGCGAAGAUGUCGGAAUAUCUCCACAAAAAGCCUCCCGACUGUCCAUCUUCAUCGGCCUUGCUUCAGCCGUUGGACGAAUUACAACAGGGAGAUUGUGCAACGAUAAAAGAGUAAAUCCAGUUUACAUUUAUCAAGCGUGUUUGGUUACCGCUGCUCUUGCCACAUCGAUACUGCCAAUGGCAAAGGAAUACUGGCAAAUUAUAAUUUUCAGCGCAACUUUUGGAUUAAGUGAAGGUGUAUUCAUAACAACCCAGAAUUUCAUUUUAUUGACCUGUGUGGACAACAAACGAAGGACUGCGGCUUUCUGUAUCAACAACCUGCUAUAUGCCUUUACUGCAGCAGCCGGCGGACCCGUUGCCGCCCUGAUGGCUGACAAGACAGGGGACUAUACCUAUUCAUUCUACAUGACCGGAGGAGUGUUAAUAGCUGCAGCCUUGAUACCAUUAAUUUUGAUUUGCGUAAACCGUGGGAAGUCGAAGGUCGUCCCCGAGGAAUCAGAAAUAGAAGAGAAGAAAGACAAAUUUGAAAGAGUGUCCAUAGCAAUUCAAACUCUCGAUGAAACGGAAGUAUUGGGAAAAGAACUGCGCACAGAGUCCUUGUCAAGAAAGCGCGCUGCAAGCGCAUUUCUCUGAAAGACGUAAAAUAUAAUAAAAACGUUUGUUCUUUUCUGGUUAAGCUUCCAAGAAGCUACGGCCCUCAAUCCGUCUAAGAGGUUGCCGAAUUGUUGUGUUUCGAGUUUUUGACACGCCUUACUGUUCUUCUUUCCUCAAAUGAUAAGUUUUUCUGUUACACAGCAUCAAAAUUUAGAAGUAAAUUUCUUGCGAUUUUCAAGAAUAUGGCCAAUAAUAAAUAGUAUGCUACAUCGAUGUCCGAUAAAACUCGAUCAAUGCCAUAGAGACAGUACUGUUCUCGUCAAUACUUUUUUGCUCGUCUUGACAA